AUGCUGCUAACACGUGACCCUCUGCGCAACAAAACGUAUCACUUUGCCUUUCAGGCAUUUUUUCACUCCCUACAAAAUGGGGGCCCAAAAAGGGAGAACUCCGAAUCGUGGGGGAAGGGGAGCAAAAUAGGACUACAUGCGAGGAGCCCGCUGCAUCGCCAUCGGCACAGGACGGAACUAACCAAUUUGAUGCAAAUCAGGGGAGCAUCGAGGCAAGCAAGAAGGACUGCAAUAAGCAGCGACAGGGAAGCGCAGAAAAAAGUGGCACAAUCAGUGGACGUGCCAGUGGACGUCCCCGUGGGGGGGAAAAUGCAUAACCCCUCUGGAUACUCCCCCCGUAAUAGAAUCGGAACAGAUGGAAGGAUCCACAGCGAAAAUGAUUAUACUAGUCAAAGGGGUAGACACAAAGUGGAGAGUGAGAUGUCCAUAAGGGCUGCGAAAAGGGGGUCCCCACAGGAAGAGAGCCAAAAAGUGAAGCCAGAACUGAAUGCAGUGAACAACUUGUGUAAAAAAAUCUUCUACCUAAGCAAGAAUGGCGUGAAGAAUGAAAACGUGUGGAAGCAUUACUUAAUCGAAGUAGGUAAAGAGAAAAGAAACUUCCACCUUGUGAAUACAAAAAAUGUGUUUCUCCUAUUGCUAGGUUUGAGUAAGAGUGAAUAUAUCGUUAAGGUCGCCCUCCGUCGUGGCACCGUUAGGGGGGACCACCAAAUGGAAGAAGCACAAGAAACACACAUAGAUGAUGUAGUGGAUAGUCUUAUAAACAUCCUAUCCAAGAGGAUGGACCGACUGACAAACACCCAACGGAGUCUCCUCCUGCACAUCAUCCAAAAGUUACACAGGAUAGAACAGUACGACAAAGUGGUAAACGAAAUUAAUGGUAGAAUUUUGGAGGGAACCCCAUUAAAGAAGUUGAGCGCGAGAACCUUUUCCAGCGUCCUCCACGUCUACGCAAGUGGUGGAGCUUCGAAUCCAUCUAUGGAAGGAGAAGCUCCUACUUGUCGGCGCCGCCCCCUUGAAGAAACGAUUAGAAACGCCUUUUCGGAACCAAAUGGACAACAGAACAAACUGGUGAAGAUCCUCCUUAAAGGGAAAGUGGGGCUAGAGGAUAUCCUCCGUCUCAUUGGAGCCAUGCACAAACUGAGGAUAAGAAAUAAGCAGAUCCUUCAAUGCGUCGUGCAAAUUUUAAAUGAAAAAGUGAGAGACGACAGUUACUUCCUAACUCCGUCUCUUCUUCUCCACCUGGCUAAUCUAAACGUGUACAAUGAGGAUCUGUGGAGAAAUCUGAAAAUGAUUGUCAUGCAGAAUUAUCGCUUCUACAAUUCGGUGCAUCUAACGAAUGUGUUCUAUGGGUUCUCCAAGUUUCGACCCGAUAACAUGGAGGACUUGUUUGACAUUUUGGCUAGCCACAUCAUGGACAACAACUUGUAUAUAGGACAAUGCAGAAAAGAGGAAAAGCGGUUAAGCCAGGGGAAGUCUCCUUCUCUGAAUUCUAACCUGUUUGAUGAACCCAAAUGGGAAGAUCCCGAUUCCUCCAGGGAUAGCACAAUCGACACAGCCGACACGGCAAACCCGUUUAACCUCUUCCAAACAACGAACAUUAUAAAGAGCUGCCUACUCUGUAAUUACCUAAAUUAUAACUUCUUCCAUUUUUUACUUAAUCGGUUGAGCCGAUCGGAAGAACCACAAUCGUUAGGAAAUCAAAUUGAUUCCCUAAGGGUAGUGUCUGAUAUAUUGAAAACGUUCAAUGGAUGUGUUUACAAACAUGUGGUGUGUUUUCAUUACACACAAAAGGGGAAGAAUGCCUCCUCGAUGCAGGACGGACAACACACGUACGUCCACUUGCUAAACAGUGAGAACAGUGAGAACAGUCAGAACAGUCAGAAGCAGAUGCAAACCUACCGGUUCCGUUACGACAUGUGUGGUAGCCACCUACCGAUGGUAGAUUCCCUCUCUGUUAGUUCUACACCAAAGGAGGAGCAACGGCAGUUUGAAACCUACUUCGAUGAAGUAAGCGAAAAAGUAAGAAAAAAAAUGGAACAGAAUUUAGGAGCCCGCCAGUUGAAGAUACUCCUACAUAAAUUAAUCCUGUCUCUAUCGGCCAGCACUGUGAGGUUUGUAAACCUAUACGCCUUGUGUUUAAUUGUGUUGGAGGAAAACAAAAAGGACUUGAGUGUUAACAAUCUGUUUAUCUAUGUCCAAAUUUUCCAUCGAAUGAAAUUGUACAAUUAUGAACUCUUCAGUUGGCUAGUCGAACACAUGAAGAAGAAUACACAUCUGUUAGAUGUGAAGAAGAAAAUGAAAAUGAUUCUACUGUCUUGUAACAUUUUUAAAAGGAUAAAUGAACAGGAGAUGCAGGAAUUGUACCGCUUCUUUUUAAGUUCAGAUUAUUCUUCCUUUUCCAGAAAAGAGGAAGCAAUUUCUGCAGAUGCUGCUCCGCCCAUGUGGGAAAUUCCGGCAGAAAUAAAUAUGAAGGGGAACCUCGUAGACUUGGAUCGCAUCUCCAGGUCGACCACUCCGAACGGGGUGCAUGAUGAGACUGGAAGUUUUGAAAAUCCUGGUGAUGACUCGGUUGGAAGGAGCGUCCCUGUGGGGGGAAAGCUCUCUGAUAGGGAACCACCCCCCAUGGAUGAAACUCAGACGGACCCAAAUUUUGCCUUACCAAACAAGGGAACUUUGUUCAGCAAAAUAGAAAAAACGGAUACGUUACCAUGCCACGUGGGCUUCACCGAUUAUAUAAACUUUCUGCUCAUUUUGAUUCACAACUGGAAGGGAGAUGCAAGUGGCAGGUUUGAUCUCCUGUCGCUGAUUUCGAAGGGGGCAAAUGAGAUUGUGAAAAUUGGGCAGAUGGAUGCAACUUUGGAUGAACAUAUGAAGCGGUUAGAGGAGAACCUGCACCGUGAGAGGGGUACCAUCGUUAAGCUGUUCCAGAAGUUGGAUCUUUUUUCACGUCGGGGGCCUCACGCGGAGGAGGCAGAUAGGGUAGGUAGCUUGCAUGGCCUGCGUAGCGACUGCUCCCUCCAAGUGGAAUACCUUCUGCAUUUUGUAAAAUCGAUAAGCGAAGAGGUGCACGACGAAGUAGUGAGGGCGCUGGAGGGGAGGGGUUCCCAAAUGGACCGUCAAAUGGGUACCCAAAUGGGAAACCGAUGCGCCCCCCUUAAAAGCCCGUUUGAGUUAAAAGAGGAAGAUUUGCAAUUCCUAAAUCUGUUGAGAGGCGACAAAGGCAGCCCGCGCGGCACUCCGCCCACAGUCCAUAAUAACAAAACGAUUAAUAGGUACAUGUAUGGAAGUGUCCAGGAGACGGUAGACCUCCUUCGACAGAGUUUCCAACUGCACAGAUGUAGCAAUGUUGCAGGUGUUUCUUCGAAGAAUAGCAGAAAUUACCCCAACGGAAUGGAAUCAUUUUACAAGAUAAACAGCUUCUUAAUAUCAGAUGUAACGUACAUUUUCGAAAAAGGGGAAGAAAAAUUAUUCCACUUUCUUCUAUUUUACCCACACGAAAUGAAGAAGACAGUUGUAAGCAAGUGCGAAAAUCGGAUUUUCCUAAAACAGGAAUGUGAUGAAUCGCUUCUAAUAUGCACUGAGGUUAUUUUCUUCUACAAUUUCUUGAGGAAGAAUUUUCGGAACCAGUUUCUUUUCAGCCUCGUGGAUACCACUCCGUUUGUUAAAUUUUGCCAAAGCACUAAUGGAGAUGCCUUCGUGGGGGGCAUUCCCGAUAGUGAUCGCGUCAUGCGCCAGGCUAACCGCCUUUUAGAGACCAUCUCAAACGCAUAG